AUGGCAGCUCACAGCCUCCUGGAGAGCUUCGAGCUCCCUGGAGGAAAGAGGGGCAGGGACCUCCUGAGGCCGUGGGCGGGGCGGGGGCUGGAGAAAUUCUUCUCCUCCCUGGAGGGAGGUCUGAACCCCUAUCCACUGCGCCCAUCCUCUUACUGUCGGGUGUGGGAGGACCCCAGUUCUCGGGCGGCGAGCCAGCCUCAUGCCGCUUCAGUCACCAGGGCACCCUCUCUGCCAAAGCCAUCUUUUUCAGAUUCUUCAGAGCAGCAGCUGGGCCAGGAGCAGGAAGCCAGCGCCACUUUCCUGUUUACCCUCCUGACCGCAACCGAGCCCGCCAGCGACCCUGCAGAGGACUUGGACAUCCAGGAGUCCCAGUUCCUGGAUAAGGAAGACUGGGGCCCGCAGCGGACCUCAAGGGAAAUGGGCCAUUUGCAAAAUGUGUGCCUGAGGCUUCGGGAGUCGCUCAGCAUGAUCCAAGCCGACAAUCUGGCUCUGGGGGAGAAGCUGCGAGACCUGCCUGACUCCUUGUAUAAAAGCCUGAAAGAGGAAGCAAGGGCCAUCCUGGAGGGAGAGAAGGCCAUCCAGGAGGAAGGAGAGGCCUUCCAGGAGGAGGGUAAGACCAUCCAGGAAGGAGCCCAGGCCAUCCAGGAGGGGGCGCUGUUCCAGCAACCCAGCUCCCAGAUGGCAGGACUGGUCAUCCUGCAGCCUGACCCUGCCCUCAACAGCGGAAACACGUCAGCCCUAGGCCCUAGCUGAGCCAAGGCUGGAGACAGCACAUCUCCUUGGGGAGGCCCCUGGCUGUUCCUCUCAGCUCCCUGCAGUAAACUUUACCGAAUCUGA